GUUUGGAAACAUUCCCAGCUCUUCAGGACCCAUCCUCUUUGUUUCCAAACGAAAUGCUGACUCCAUGCUGAGAGUCGCAAAAUGAACGUCUCUUUCUGCUUUCCUCCUCCGGGCGUAAUGCAUCAGCAAAGUUCAGGAUCUGACCUCAAUUCCAGCAGUGACCUGCUGGCUUCUCACUGCAACUGGACAGCAGUGGACAGGACCCCACAGCUGCCUACUUUUUCCACAGCAGCAAAAGUCAGAGUGAUCAUUACCUUCACCCUGUGUGGCAUAUCUACUCUCUGCAAUCUGGCUGUUCUCUGGGCAGCCAGCGGCCAGAGACGCAAAUCACACGUACGCGUUCUCAUCGUCAACUUGACAGCAGCGGAUCUCUUGGUUACAUUUAUUGUGAUGCCGGUGGAUGCUGUGUGGAACAUCACUGUCCAGUGGCUUGCUGGAGACCUGGCGUGUAGGUUUCUGAUGUUCCUCAAGCUGCAGGCCAUGUACUCGUGUGCUUUUGUCACCGUGGUGAUAAGCCUGGACAGACAGUCGGCGAUCCUCAACCCUCUGUUGACAAGCAUGGCUCCGAAGAGGAAUAGGAUCAUGCUGAUGAUAGCGUGGGCAAUGAGUGCUUUGCUCUCCGUCCCUCAGAUGUUCAUUUUCCAUAAUGUAACUAUUACCGAUCCAGCCAACUUUACCCAGUGCACCACUAGGGGAAGCUUUGUCACUCACUGGCAGGAAACGGCCUACAAUAUGUUCACCUUCUCCUGGCUCUUCCUGCUGCCACUGGCCAUUAUGAUCACCUGUUACAGCAGGAUCUUCAUCCACAUCUCUGAGCAGAUGACCAAAAAAAACGUGUCCUCUGAUGAACCACACCUUCGCUGCUCAAAGAACAACAUCCCAAAAGCCCGAAUGAGAACGCUGAAGAUGAGCAUCGUUAUUGUUGUUUCCUUCAUAGUAUGCUGGACUCCUUACUACCUGCUGGGACUUUGGUACUGGUUCUUCCCUGACGACCUGGAGGGGAAAGUCUCACACAGCCUCACCCACAUCCUGUUUAUCUUCGGGCUAUUUAACACCUGCCUCGACCCCAUCAUCUAUGGCCUGUUUACCGUACGCUUCAACAGAAGACUAAGAAACAACUAUAGCAGGGCUACCAUCAUGUCGGGGCUGGACACCAACAUAGUCGCAGUGGAGUCUGUGAAAUAUACUUUAUCUGCUUUACCUUCUAAAGGAGGAUCCCCAGAGGGAGAAAACGAUAACUGGGGACAAAAUGAGCAAAAAUCCGCUGACUGCAGCUUCUGAAUGGAUUCAGCUAUUGAGGAUGAGGUCAUCAUUUGGGCACAGAGAGUAAUGAGUGAAAAGAAACAGCUAUCAGGACGAGAUUGAAUGUUUUUAUUUAGUAUCAAAUAUUAUUUCUCACCAAUUAUGUAUAAAUCUAUUCAGCUAUCCACCUAUUUCUUUCUCACUCUGUAUAAAAUUAUCUUUCUAACUCACUAGUAUCUGGUAUUCAAGUAAGGUGGGUCAGUAAAUGAUAUUUUAUUCUGCAUUCACAAAUACUGUCAACAUUUGGUCAAUGCUGUCAUCUAAAGACUUUUUGUGAGGCUGCAGAUGUCCUUAAAGGCUCUACAUUUCAUUAAAGAGCAUUCUGAGUCCAUUAAAGGUAUAGUGGAGGAUUUCCACAAAUAUUUGAAAAGAUCACCCUCUCCCCUCCAAAAAAAAAAUAAAUGCACAUGCACAGCCCUGUACCCGCUCCUGUACACCUAUUACAUGAGUGCGAGAGCGUGCACAAGCCCACUUUUCCUCGUGCACGAGCCCAUUUCUCCUUGUGCACGCCCUGUUCAAAAGUUGCUGUUUGCAUCGCUCAUACAAGCUUACUUUUCUUACGUAAACACAGGACCAGAAUGAUUUACAAUUAGGAGGACCACUUAUUUUGAUGAUCCACCCGGAAAAAGAACAUCCUCUACUAUACCUUUAAGAGAAACACAGCUACCAGGACAAGAUGUAAUGUUUUUAUUUAAUAUUAAAUAUAAUUUUUACAAAACUUAUUUCUUUCUCACUCUGUAUAAAAUGAUCUUUCUCACUCACUGAUAUCCAUAUGUCUGUUCAAGUAAGGCCGGUCAGUAAAUGAUAUUUCAUUCUGCAUUCACAAAUAGCGUCAACAUUUUGUCAAUGCUGUCAUCUAAAGACUUUUUGUGAGGCUGCAGAUGUCCUUAAAGUCUCUACAAUUCAUUAAAGUGCAUUCAGAGACCCUUAAGUUAUACAUUUUCACAUUCUCUUUGGCUCAGUCAGUAAUAAAAAGUAUCCAUACCUGUUGAAUUUUUUCCAUAUUCUGUUGCUUCACAGACAUAAUGUGUGAUUUAUCAGGAUUGUCAUGAGGUAGAUGGAGACGUGAUAUUAUUUCUUACCCUUGGAAAAUGGAAACUGCUGAUUGUUUGUAUUCAUUCUCCAUGAAUACUUUGUAGAAUCUCUUCCUGCUGUAAUGUUUCUGUCGACCUUGCACAGCUUUUGGCUUUUUAGUUUCCCUCUCUGUGUAAAAACAGCCGAGGCCUGGUUUUAUUUGAUGUUGAAAAAACAUUAAAAAUCCCUUCUGUAUAAACAAGGAUGAAUUAAUGUUUGACAGCUUAAAAGAGGUGGGUAGAAACACACUCAUUUCACGCAGUUGCAUUUAAAUUAGUGGAUUUUUUUUACUUUUUGGACUAGUUUUACUGUAUUAAACUUUUACCUUUGACUUAUUCUUACUUGAGAGUGAGUUAUAUUUUUGGCUACUUUUCUGUUCUUCCGGAAAAUAUUCAGUACAUCUUUUUAUUAUUUAUUUUAUUAUUUAUUAUAAAAAAUUUUAUUCACUUAUUUUCUAAAGUAUUUACCCAGGCUUUCCCACAACCCACAAAGCUACAGAGUGUCUGGGUGAUUGUCGACUGUUCUGGACUCAAGGAUUUUUCAACAUUUUACAUGUUUUUCUGUCUUUAACUUGUUUUUGAUUAAGUGCAUGAGAAUUAAUGUGAGAUGAAGACCUCCACAAUUUUCUAGGCUUUAAAUAGUGAAAUCCUACGUGAUCAGAACAGGCAGGAAAAUUGGCAACACUGUAUCUGUUCUCCCUUGCAAGUUGUUAAUAAAU